AUGGCUGCGGCAAUGACCAUGCAACCUCCCAGCAUCGGACCCCCUUCGAAUUCUCUGUCCACCCCUCCGAUUGCAAUCUCACGAUUCACUACAGGCUUUGGACCUGCAGUCUCUCAAAGCUACAGCCCUGCUGGAAGCUCUCACAAAGGAGGUGGCGGUGACCAGUGCGAUGGAUGCAGAAACAGGAACAGCAGAUGUGCGAUAAACUUUGCUUCGAAUAAAUGUUAUUCAUGUGACUUCCACCGGCAAGAUUGUGUCUUUACUCCCCACACAUCGAGGAAGAGGUCCUAUCCACAGCCUUCUAGUACUGCGGGCAGGAAGAGCUUUCAUGCUUCUGAUAAAUCCCUUUCUUCGUCAUUCAAGGAUCUGUUUCAGUCGUCAAUGCUUGGUGGAAGCGAGCAUGAAAGUAGUUAUGUGGCACCGAUCCCGCAUAGAGCUGCGGGGAAUUCUGCGUGCUACCGGUACCUGAGAGGGACUACCUAUCUUGACCCGCUCCUUCUUGAGAAUGUUCCAUUCGACGACAAAAAUGAGGCUUCGCUUAGAGCAAGUAAAUUCCGGAAGAUUGGAAGCGGCGCAGGCCAGUUCAUUGAGAUUUUGAGCUCUAACACCACGGAUGAAGCUCGAAAUGGUAGUGUCUCUGCUCGCUUGUUAGAGAGUCUCCGCCUAGCAGACCAAGAUCUCCUUUUUCAAAGUUACUUCGACGUUGUGCAUCCGGUAUUUCCAAUCCUUGACCAGCCGGCUCUCUGUGCUUCAUACGACAGAAGGUCCGUCGAACCUGUCCUACUUGCCGCUAUCUGUGUGGUGUCUGGAGCAUGGCUGCAGAGCAGCCGUCGUGUGUCCACCGAACUCAAUAUGUCGGCUACUGAAGCCAUACUCCGAGAGCAUCUUAGAGACUCUCAGGACCGACCAAGCAUGACAACGUUACAGGCAGGUCUACUUUUAACACAAUGCCCAAAUCACACCUCGCGGAAUCUGCUAUCACAACUGAUCGCCCUCGCUUUCGACCUCGGCAUACAUCAAGACUGCAGUCAAUGGAAGAUGGAUGUAGAGGAGAAAUUGUUACGAAGAAGACUGGCUUGGGCUUUAUAUGCCCAGGACAAGUGGACAUCCUUGAUGCACGGGCGGCCAGCGCAGCUGACAGAAUCAAACUGCAUAGUCAGGGAAUUAUCGGAGGAAGAUUUUGACAUUGCUAAGAGCGCUGAAGAUCAAUCCAAGUCGAUUCGCCGACAUGGGGCAUGUUUGUUCAUGCAGAUGCUUGUUCUGUCGCAAAUAUUGGCAGAGAUCCUGGAAACCUUCUAUACUCUCUCAGCUGAGGCACAAGUGCAUGCCAGCGCUCACAAUGCAUUGAGAGUGGUUUUGGCACGAGCCAAGCCAGUGCAAAUCAAGCUUAAAGAUUGGUUCUCAAGUCUUCCAGCUCAACUGAAGAUGGACGCUCCGGACGAAAAUCAAGCUGCAUAUAACGGUGUUCUUCAUCUUGCCUACUUUGCAACCGAAAUUGCCUUGCAUCGAUGCAUCAUUCGAGCCAGCGCUGUCCCAGGUACUGAACCUUACCUUGCACAUAUCUGCCGGUCAGCAGCCAAAACCAGGCUCAUCUCUGCCAUGGAUUUUGUCAACCGGCUCCGACCGUCGCACUUCAAGUGCUCUUGGCCACUUGCAUCAGUGCAGAAUUUCGGCUUGAUUGGCAGUUUCGGGGUGCUACUAAGGGCUACAUGUCCUGCCAAGGAAGAAGCCGGCUUCUAUUGUGCUCGAUUGGAGGAAUUCAGGUGGACUCUAUCAGUCAGCAAUCGACAUGCUGAUUUUCUCGAAUCUGCGAUCCGUCUUCUGGAUGACAGCACUGAGCUUCUUCAAUACAUUCCCGAAAAGCCUGAGAUAACCGAACUUGUGUCGAUGAAUCCACAUGUCCCGGAGACCAACGGGCAGCAGGGGUCAGCCUUCAAAAUUGCUCAAGAAAGAUCCUCCGAGGCCUUCACCGGAUUUUCUUCCCCAUCCACGUCGACAACCAGCGAAGAGGAUGUAGAAGGUACAGAAAGUGUAUAA